GAACCAGAUGCGCGUCAUUUCUCCUCUCUCUCCAACUACGACGUCCCUCAACUAACAUGCGCUUAACUCACCUUUUUCUCGUCGCACUCACCGUCACCAGUACUCCCGCUGCCGCCUCCUGGUGGUCGUCUGACAAGCCGGAGUAUUCGUCUUGGGACGCGAAGCAACUUAAGACAUGGUUGAAGGAGCACGACAUUGAGCCUCCAAAGGGAUAUAACCAGAAGGAGCUUCAGGACCUUGUUGCAUCCAACUGGAACUCUGCCGGCGCUUGGACAUACGAGCAAUACAAGAAAGCUCAGAAAGUCCUCGGUAGUACAAAGGAAUCUGUGUUCGACACUUGGGAUGAGAGCCGUCUGCGCGAGUUCUUGCUUGAACAGGGCGUUGUAGCGCCUUCUGGUCCACGCGAACAGCUGGUGCUAGCUGCAAAGCAGCACUACCGCGGUUACACAAAUGCUGCCUCCAGCUUUGCGUCAACCGCGUCACGUGCUGCAAGUACCGCUGUCUACGGUGAUGCCGCGUAUCAGGCUUCCAAGUCAGUAUCGUCAUUCUCGACAGACGCCCCGAAAACGGCGAGUAGCGUUGCGGCACAGGCAACAAGCUCUCUAGCUCGUUCACUCGAUGACUCGAAGGAUUACGUGUAUUCGACCUGGAACGACAAUCAGCUUCGCGACUAUCUCGUCAAGAAAGGUGUAAUCAAAUCAAAGCAACAGGCUACAAGAGUUGAACUGCUAGCUUAUAUGCGUGAUGCAUACGCGAAAACUUCCGAUUCCAUCUGGGAUGCAUGGUCUGACUCGUAUAUCCAUGAAUGGCUAGUUUCUCACGGAAUUAUUAAAUCCGACUUCGAGAAAAAGCGCGAUGCGUUGACGGCGAAGAUGCGAAACUACUAUUACGUUCCGCAACAACACGUCUGGGACACCUGGUCGGAGAGCGAGCUGCGUCAAUGGCUGAUUGAGCACAAUGUUAUCAAAUCCAACGCACAAGUCAGGAAGGAAAAACUGCAGAAACUCGUUGCUGCCAACUAUGCCUCUGCGUCUGACACAAUUUGGUCCAGCUGGUCGGACAGUGACCUACGGUCAUGGCUCAUUGAUCAUGGCUAUAUCCGCAGCGAUGCGCAAGUUAAGCGCGACGACCUCGUGAAACUCAUGAACGCAAAGUACAACGAAGCCAAUGCUCGCACUGCAGCUUACCUCACGUGGCCUGAUGCUCGUCUCCGUGCAUUUUUGCGUAAUCACGGUCUGUCUGAGGAUGCGCUUCCGACAUCCCGUCCUGGCCUCCUUCAGGAGACACGUAUUCGCUAUGUUCAGACUACCUCUCUCCUCGAGCAAAUCUAUUCCCGCCUCCGUUCUCUCGUCGCUUCGGGAGUCACUUCCGUCGAAGAGACCUUGGGUCAAGUCCUCGACGUCCUGAGCGGCGCAGAAAGCAAGACAAAGACGACGGUAAAGGAGAAAGGUGCAGAAGCAGAAAAGAAGGCUAAGGAAGCGAAAUCCGCGGCUGAAAAGAAGAAGAGCGAGCUUUAAGAGUAGAACAGCAUGAAAUGGACGCUUCGUUUCGUGGUGAAUUCCAUAUAAUUCAUUCCAAUUUACUUUCGCAAUACUCGCACACAAGAAUUGACCAUUUGUCAUACUACUUUGCUAUGUUACUUGAACCUACCUGAUGUAUUAUAGUCCAGCCUUUGAUUCAGAAUAUAAUUACAAUAACUUCUAACCGG